AUGUCAACGCAUCUGGAACCCUCGGGUGUAGCAGAUGUCCAUGGGCGGCGGUAUUCACUUAACAUCAGAACUGAACCACUUCGACUGCACAAUUUGUGGCGUCCAUCAAAUCCUGGGGACAGGAACGGGCAGGCAGAACAGGCAGGGCCGGAUUUAGGGGAGGGCAACCGGGGCUACAACCCCGGGGCCUCCACGAAAGAGAGGCCCCCC